CUUCGAGAGCCUGGCUUGCACCAAGGCCGAUCAAAGUCCAGGCAACCGACCCAUAAUGGCGAUCUCACCAGAUCUUUGCUGUGUCGUGGUCAUGGCUUUGCAGAAUCUGAUCAUGAUCACACUGCUCACUCGGACCCCCAAGGGCUCCUUCAUGCGAUGGAUUUGUCUUCCCUCAAUGGUCUACCUGGCCUACCUCGAGGGGGUGCUCAAUAACCUAAGCGCGGCGACUUUUAUGUUCAAGAUGCGAACCGGCGGCCACUCCUUCACUUUCCUCAUCCAACUGAUAAAUCUCCUUUAUGUCACCGACGUCGACCUUACCACACUGCCAAACCGGUCCAAGGCCGCCUUCCAGCUCCUACUCACCAUCCGGGGCAUCGGCACCCCAUGGCAGCCCAAGAACAUCCCUCCAUUCCCCGCUGUAAUGCAAACCAACCCUCCUCCCGGCCGCACGCAGUACGUCGUACGCCAGCUCGCCAUCAUCAUCUGGCAGGGUCUCUUCCUCCGUCUCCUUGCGCAUCCGCGUUUCCACCCCGACCAAUCGUUCUACAACCGCGGACAGGAGUUCUCCUACCGACUGGACCAAUGGCCCGGCCGGCUGGCCUGCACCUACAUUAUCGGGUUGAUCCCUUCCUACCUGUUCCUGGAUAUGAUGUAUCGCGGCGCGGCCAUCCUCUUCGUCGGCUCGGGCGACCAUUCUGUGUCUCAAUGGCCGCCAUUAUUCGGAAGUCUUGCCGAUUCCUACACGUGCCGUGGAUUUUGGGGCAAGUUCUGGCACCAAUACCUCCGCUGGCCCUUCAGCAGCUUCUCAAACUGCGUGACCACCCGCAUUCUCAAAUUAUCAAGACCCUCCCUCGUCGAGCGCUACGUCAACGUCUUCAUCGUAUUCAGUCUCUCCAUGAUCAUGCACAUGAUCGGCGAUAUCGUCGCCGGCGUCGAGGGCGGGGCGCACUUCGGCACGGCCCUGUUCUUCCUGUCGCAUAUCGUCGCCAUCAUGUUCGAGGAUGCGGUGCAGUAUGUGUGGCGUACGACGGUAACGCAGCGGUCUCGCCGUCGGCGCGGACCCGCCCAGACUGGACCCGAAGACAAUCAGAAGCAGAAGAACGGAGGUGUGAAUGCUGAUGCUGAUACUGUUGUCCCCGCUGCCACCACCCGCGAUGAUGCGGCUGUCCCCCCGCUCUGGCAGCGCUGCGUCGGCUUCGUUUGGGUGGUGCUCUGGAUCGCGGUUUCGUGGUCCUGGUGGUAUUAUCCCAUUAUCCGGACCAUGAUCAAACAUGGAGACCUGUCGGCGACGUCGAGUGGCAAGGAUGUUGUUCCGGGCUGGGAGCUGCCGACGAUGGUGGGCUUGGUGGCUGGGGGUGCGGUUUUGCUUCGGGGCGUGUUCAAGGCCGAGCCGUGAUUGUGGGUUGGUUUUGGUUGGGCUGGGGUUCAUGGGUUAUGUGAAAGUGGUCUACGAGCUUUUUGAGCUAGGCGUCUUGAUCGAGCUUGCUACAUGUCAUGUCGGCAGGCAGACUAAAUUGGCCGGUCUUCGUUAUUGGAGAUGUUUUCAGUGGCACGGUUUCAUACUGCAUAUGAACUACAAGAUUUAAGGGAAAUUACUGCAAC